AUGGAGGGGAGAAACGAGAAGUUGUUCUCCAGGAAAAGAAGUUUCACAUUCGGAGCUUACGGAGGGAUUGACAAGUUCAUCACUGGAAAUGAGAGCAGCUGUGCAGAAUCUGUGUGUCACAGCAUAUUGGACAUUUUGGAUUCCCCAUCCAGUGAUGCUAAGCCACUCACUUCUGCACCGUCCAGUCAGAAGGUCACAGAGUUGUUUGCAAUCAUUGAAAAGCUACAGGGUAGCAGAUUGGAUGAACAGCGUUGUGAGUUCCCACCACCACUGAGGACACGGCUGUUAAAGAUUGGAGAUGGCUUACCUCUCAUCCUGCCCCCUAAAUCUGGAGGUUAUUGGAUCGACCCUCCCCUGGAUAGACAUGUGGAGACCAGCCCUACUCUCUCACAGGGGGGGUUUGGUCUGGAGAGCUACGACAUCAUGGAGAGAGACAGCGAAGCUAAAGUCUAUCAAGAAUUCUUCCGCCACAGAUAUCAUCAUUCGUUCACUGCCUGUGACCCCUCUCUUGGGCCCCUAGUUUUGUCUGUUUGUCUUGAGGAAGAGGAAAAUCGCCUGAGAGUCAUUUUGAGGAUGAAGGAGUGCUCAAUUCAUGGCACAUUCUCUGUUUCUCUCUUUCAUCAAUUCCCCACGGCAGUGGAGCUGGCAAAGAUGCUGUGCUCAAGUGUCAGCGUCACAGGUUUUGAGGCUGUUACUUACUUAAAGGCCCCAGAGAUCAUAAUGGCAUUUGAUGAACACAGAGUGUCUCCAAACUUUAAAUUUGGUGUCUUAUACCAGAGAGAAGGACAGUUAACAGAGGAAGAUAUUCUCAGUAACAAUGAGGAAAGUGAGGAGUUUUUGGAGUUUUUAUCAAUACUCGGGCAAACGGUCAAACUGCAAGGAUUUACUGGUUUCAGGGGAGGUCUGGAUGUGUCUCAUGGCCAGACAGGAAAUGAAGCAGUUUUCACCUCCUUCCAUGGACUUGAGAUUAUGUUCCAUGUUGCCACUAAACUACCGUUCACAGAAGCAGAUACACAACAGUUGCAGAGAAAGAGACACAUUGGGAAUGACAUCGUUGCCCUGGUUUAUCAGGAAGGUAAUACUCCCUUCAUUUCGGAUGUGAUCAGAUCCCACUUCUUGCACUGUUUCAUUGCAGUGAGAAGGAUAAAGAGAAAGAAUGAGGGAGAGGGAGGAGAUGGAGGAUCAUUUCAGGUAUCUGUCACCGCUAGGGAGGAUGUACCCCCAUUUGGCCCACCCCUUCCUACACCUCCCAUUUUUACAGAGGGCUCAGUUUUAAAAGAGUUCCUCCUGACCAAACUUAUAAAUGCUGAAAUCUCUUGUUACAAGGCUGAGAAAUUCAGUCGACUGGAGUUACGUACACGUUUGUCUCUUUUGGAAGCACUGCGAUCUGAACUGUCUUCCCGAUCCCAAUGCAUGUUGGGAGAGCAGUCACAGCCCAGCAUCCCCCUCACUGAAGGGGGGAGGAGUGUUCCAGAGGGUGGUGGAGGAUUCAUUGAGAACUUUAAGAGAGCUAUUAGGGUGAGAAGCCACUCAUUCGAUACCUUGGGAGUACCAAAGAAGAUAGGCAGUGUAGCAGGGCAUCGACCAAAGGAUGGUGAGAGCGAGCAGACAAGCAACGUGGGCUACACUGAGACAAGAGGUCAAACCAGUCCCCAGGAUGACUUGUAGAUGAAUAUCACCAUUUCUGAGUCAUAAGCACAAA